UGAAAGCCGUUCUGUGACUUCUGUCCAGCGGGUCGUGGCUCGUGAAAAGUUAGGCUAAGCACUUGUAUAGGCCGUAUCCUAAUCCAAUGUGGAAGUAACUGUCGAGUCGAUAACGUCUAAAUUUCAUACCCCUUCAGCAUGGAUAUCAGGAAUUACUUCAGUGUUUUGAAUAACAAGAGCAAGAAAGAGGGCACAAGUGAGAGUAAAACAGUUUCAGCUCUGCCAAAACAGCAACUGCCUAAGAAGAAGAAAAGAAUUCUAGAUUCUGAUGAUGAAGAUCCAGUACCUCCACAGAAAAUCCAAAUUGUUGAUCUUUCUGAAGAUUCUGAUGAUGACAUAUUCCUCAACACUACAAGAACUGGUGAGAAGAAAUCAGAUAUGAAAAAAUCGAAAAGGGCUAAAGCUAACAACUCGAAGACAAGAAAGAUGGAGAAGAGUCCAGCCAAGCCUUUGAAGCCAGUGACACCUGCUAUGUUCUUCAGCUCUGCUGCAGCAAAGAAAUCUGAUGCUGCUACUGAAAGGCACAAUGUUCAAGAUAAAAAGAGAAAGGCUCAUGAUUCUUCUGUAGAAGAUGAGGAGUCCCCAUACCCCAAAGCUCCUAAGCUGGAGAGCAAGGCUGGUUGUGGCACUAGGAGUGGAGCAGCAGACCUACAGUUAUCUUCAUCUCCAAAAUCAAAAACUCCUAUCAAGAAGGAAAGUUUGUUGAUAAAGGAGGAGAGCAAUACACAUCCUUGUCAUGAGAGUGCCAAUGAUUUGAAACAGACCUGCAAAAAAACUAAUCUGAAGAAACAAAUUUCAUCAUCAAGUAACAGUGAUUUAAGCCCUCCCAAACCAAAUGAAAAUAGUCCGCCUAGUAAGAGCUCUCAAGCAUCUGCUAGUUCAUACAAGAUCCCAAAGAUUAAACACAAAGAAUGCUCUACACAAAUAACAGAUCAGUCUAAAAAGUCCCCGAACAAGUCUCCUGUUAAGAAGUCAUCCAAAGACGUAAAAUUAACAUUGGAAGCGGAUCAUAGAAAGAAAUCCAAAACAAAAGCCAAGUCUUAUGUGAUGGAGGUGGUACCUUCAUCACCUACUAAAAGCAAGAGUUCUAGUCUCCAAAAGCAAUUGCCUGCAAGUCCUGAUCCUUUCUUAGAUGACAGUGUAGUUGCUAGUCCUGAUAAGUCAAUCUUGGUAGAGAAGAAGAAGCAGCAGGCGAAGGCAUACCAGAAGUACCUUCAACGGGCUGGACCAAGAAAUCCCGGCAGUAAAAUGGUUCCUGAGGGUGCGCCAGGGUGUUUAGCAGACCUGUCAUUUGUGCUCUCUGGAGUGCUGGAGUCGCUGGACCGUACUGAAGUGACUGAAAUAGUUCAGCGCUAUGGCGGUCGCGUCGUGGGGUCAGUUUCUAAGAAGACUACGCACUUGCUCAUUGGUGACGAUGCAGGGGCUUCAAAGAUGGCUAAGGCAGAGCAACUGGGCACCAAAGUAAUCUCGGAAGACGAUUUUCUGGAAAUGCUGCGGACUCGUCCUGGUACAGCCCCUGCUGCAGAGGAAAGCCCCGUUGCUUCUUCUGCAAAGAACUCCACUCCUAAGGCCAAUAAAACAGUCAAGUUGUCUGCAGCGCGGAAAAAUUCUUCUUCUUCUUCAGCUUCUCCUGGAAUUAUUGCUGAAGGCAGUCCAAUGUCCUCGCAAAACAGCAUUAGCAGCUCGCAGCCUUUGACCCAGCCUCUUGACACUCAAGAUUUGCAAGAUCGCAACUCAGAAGAACUCAUGUGGGUGGAUAAAUACAAGCCUGUGUCUCUGAAGAAUGUCAUAGGCCAGCAGGGCGACAAGAGCAAUGCCAGGAAGUUGCUGCACUGGCUCAGUAACUGGGCUCAAAAUCAUUCAGGCGGCAAGAAACUUGCCAAACCAAGUCCUUGGGCAAAAGACAAUGAUGGUUCUUUCUUCAAGGCCGCGCUUCUUUCUGGACCUCCUGGCGUAGGGAAGACAACGACAGCUCAGCUGGUGUGCCGAGAGUUGGGUUUUGAUGCCGUGGAGUUGAACGCGUCGGACACGCGCUCUAAACGCUCUCUCACUGAAGAGGUUUCACAGCUGCUCAGCAAUACUAGUCUCAGCAACUUUGCUUCUGGCCACGGAGGGGCAGCAACUAGUCGCCACCACGUGCUCCUGAUGGACGAGGUGGACGGCAUGGCUGGCAACGAAGACAGGGGCGGCGUGCAGGAGCUCAUUUCUCUGAUGAAGACAAGCAAGGUCCCCAUCAUCUGCAUGUGCAAUGACCGCCAACAUCCAAAGAUCCGUUCCCUUGCCAACCAUUGCUUUGAUCUGCGCUUCAGCAAACCUCGUGUUGAGCAGAUCAGGGGAGCCAUGAUGUCCGUCUGCUUCCGUGAGGGCGUGAAACUGAAGCCAGAGGCUUUAGAUCAAAUAAUCUUGGGCAGCAACCAAGACGUGCGGCAGAUACUGCAUCAUCUCGCCGUUUUCUCCGCCAACAACAAAUCCAUGGACUCUGAACAGACAAAGAAAGAUGCCAACCUUGCAAAAAAAGACCUCAAAUUUGGUCCUUGGGAUGUUUGUCGACAAGUAUUCAAUGAAAGCGACCGUAAAAACAUGAACAUCCACCAAAAGAGCGAUCUGUUCUUCUAUGACUACUCCAUUGGACCUCUCUUCGUGCAGGAGAACUAUUGGAAGGCCAGGCCAAAAUCUACACAGAACGAGGGCAGAGUAGCGCUGCUGCAGCAGCUUGCCAAGGCAGCCAACAACAUUGCAGAUGGCGACCUCGUCGAGCGAGCCAUCAGGAGCGGCAACAACUGGUCGCUGCUGCCCACGCAGGCAAUAUUCAGCUGCGUGUUGCCUGGCGAGGCGAUGUCCGGUCAUCUGUCAGGGGAGAUCCAGUUCCCCGCGUGGCUCGGCAACAACAGCAAGAAGAACAAAAUGGACAGACUCUCACAGGAGCUGCUCUCGCACAUGCGACUCAAGAUCUCAGGCAAUAAGACGGACGUUGCCCUGGAGUACAGCCGCUCAGUGCUGGGUUUGGUUUUGCGCCCUCUGCUGACCGGCCUGGAGGGAGUCACCGAAGCGGUGGAAGCCAUGAACGCUUAUGGCCUGGCUAGAGAAGACUUGGAUAGUGUCACUGAGGUCGCACAAUGGUCUGGCAAGCAGGAUCUCUUUUCGAAGAUCGACAGUAAGGUGAAAGCGGCGUUCACGCGCGCCCUGAACAAGACCGCUGUCGUCGCACGCCCGACGAGCAGAAAGAAGCGCAGCGCGCAGGAGGACGAGGCUUACGGCGAUGACGAUGAGGACCAUGUCUCUGAAGACGAAGAAGAUGACGAUGACAUCACCACCGAUGCUCUCAUCAAGAUCAAGAAGCCUGCCGCGGCAGCCUCAUCUUCCAAGAAAGCUGCUGCUACCUCUUCUGCUUCUGGCAAAGGACGUGGCAAGGGGAAAAAAUGAGCCAAUUUUUCUUUAACUAUCAUGAACUUGUUAUUCUGAUUUGUGUCUUCCUGUAUGGUACUAAUCUGUGUUAGUUUCUGUGUGACCCUGACGGUGCCCAUGUAUUCUUAAAUAUCUGAGAUGUUCUGACUAUCUUUAGUUAACGAUAACUCCACGCUGAUGAAUAUUUGGACAUUUUUGUGUUCAAAUUAUACCAGUUCCCUACUGAAUGUUUUUGCAGUUUAAAACAAUUGCGCUUUCCGAAUUUCGCUUUAUCCUUCUUCUCUUUGAGGAUAAUAUUAAAUUGUGGCGUUUUUGACUUAGGAAUAAUAAUACAAUUAUGUAUCGAUAUUUCUAUAAAAUCAAUUAUGUUUCCUUGUGCAUAAUUGUGGAACGAUUGAUCUGUACUGUAUUUUGCAUGAA